AUGGGCUAUCCACAAGAUCUGGUGCAUUAUGAUGUUCGAAGGAAGUAUGAGUUGGCUAACAACUUCUCGAUCGAGCUCAGUCACUUCAGAAGAAGUUCAGACGUUGUGCCGUCACCUGUACCUACCUCGCCCGGCAAGGCGAAUCACAUGGCAAUCUUUACAUGGGCAUUGGUCCGUAAGAUACAAGACCCGGAAACUCCCAGCUCUUCUUUCGUUGACGUUCUUAAUCGAGAAUGGGUCAUAUCGUUCUUUGCUGCCAUCGGUUUCCAUGAUCGCAAUGCGAUUGACCAAUGGAUGCAGCUUGGCUUUGCGGUGACUAAGGACAAAACGUUCUUCAAAAAGCAAAAUAACGAGAAGAUGUUCGCCAUACCACUUAGCAUCAGUACCACUUAUUUGCGUGGUGAAGUCGUGCGCAAAGCUUGCGAUAUAUUAAGGGGAUAUAUUACAAAGGCAAACGAUGCUGGUCUCAAAGGAGUCUUCCCCUAUCUGCAGCUAUAUGUAGGGCAGCUACCAGCUGCACUACUACUGCAACUCUCUACGCAGCUUCUGCGCUUGAGGUGGAGGCCCAGAGAAGAACAUCAGGAAGCUGAUGAUUUGACCAAUUUCAAUUUCAAUCGCUCUGAUCUUGAUCUGAGAGUCAACUGCAGCUUGAAGGAUUUGCAACUGGAUCUCUUUCAUGAAUUGGCUGCUUCUUAUGACGCCUACACACUUGCAAAGGUGGAGCUGAAGGCUGCAGGACGCAAGGAAGGGCCGACAUCAAAGAAGCAGCGCAUGUUGGAGAAGACGAAUUGGUGA